AUGAGUCUAAGAUUUGUGCGUCUGUUUUCGGCACGGACACGUGUUCUAGGAGUCUGGAGCGACUUUCUGGCCCGGCCGGCAUCAUUAAAGUUGGCCAAUGAAAAGUUGAAAACUGAUCUUUUCCAAGGAAUCGGUGAAUCUGGGCCCCAUUCGGUAGUGGACGACAAAGUACGGGCCGGAUAUCACCUGCCGCUUCAUAUUGACGAUGUUUUCAAGAGCGCAUAUACGAUUUUGGAGAAGGAUGCAGAAAAAGUGUACGAAAAAGUCGCUGGGCAAAAGGGAAAGAUGAGCUUGGAAGAAGAGGAAGAGUUGCUUGUACAGGCGGAACAAGCCAACCCUGAGGUGCUUCACCAGGUUGAAUUUGACCUCAGAAAUGUGGACAGAACACAGCCUGUUUUCCGUCGGUUCUUGCAGAAAAAAUGGGAAAGCUACGCCUUGAUGGUGACGAUGCAAAGAUUGGAGCAGUUACAUGUGAUUCCAGACACUUUGCCCACUUUGGAGCCCAAAGUGGACGUUCGGGUCAAGUUCCCUCACAAUACCAAGCGCGAGUUUUCCGGCUGGGUCGAGCCGGGAACGGUUUUGCCUGCUUUUGCCGUGGCCAGACCUCCUACAGUUGAGGUGCAAGAGUUUUUCCGUCCUGCGGACGCAAGCGGAUUGUACACGGUUGUUCUUGUGAACCCAGACACCCCAGACUUGGCCAGCAACUCGUUCAGCACGACGUUGCAGUACGGUUUAUGCAAUGUUCCAUUGGACUACGCCAACAACACCAUUGGUGCUGCCCAGCUCUUGGCCAACCCAGGCUGUGUGUUCCAGCAAUACGAACCACUUGUUCCUGAGAAGAACGCACCAGUCCAGAGAGCUUGCUUGUGGGUUUUCCGCCAGCAGGGCCAAAUCUCGCCCAGCGCCGAAAAAUCCAACUUUGACAUUCGUGCAUUUGCGGCAGAACACGGCUUGACUGCUGUGGGCGCCCAUGUGUGGAGACAGCACUUUGACCGGAGCGUGGCGAAGGUCCGGACCGAGUAUGGCCUUCCCCGGGGAAAUGUGUACCACCGGGUUCGUGGCACCAAGCCACUCGUGUAA